AUACAGACAUGUCUGUAUUUUACAGACAUUUGAUGUCUCCUACAGACGUAUCCAGAGAUCUACAGACUUUUAAAAGGUUAUUCUUCUACAGACAUUUCAAAAAAACAUGUGGCAUCGCUGGUUGUCAAAAAGUAAAAGUUCCGUGAUUCGGCGUUAUUUUGUGCAACUUCUUUUGUCCCACAAUAUUUAAUCGAACAUUUUUUCCCCUUUCACCGAUUUGUUUCCGCCAACAGAAGGUUAUCCUAGAGAGGGCAACAAAAACAAGCUCUGCUAUGAUUAAGAUUGACGAUUUCAAGCUCUCCUGCGAGCUGGCUGGACACAAGUUGGAUGUGCGUGCGGUGGCCGAGGGCAAGGGCUACAUUGUAUCAGGAUCGCGUGAUAAAACAGCCAAAGUGUGGACUUUGCAAGAUAAACACUACUCCGAAACGGCAACGCUAGUUCACCAUACAAACUAUGUCGGUGCAGUUCUCGUGAUCGAAGAGAACGGCUGGAUCUGCACGGCUAGUAACGAUGCUACCAUUUGCGUGUACAAGUACCCGAGUGCGAUGGAACCGUUUGUGGUACUGAAGGGACACACCUCGACAGUAUGCGCGCUGGCAAAAGGAAAUUCCUCGAACGUGUUGAUUUCCGGCAGCUGGGAUAAAAGUGCAAAGAUUUGGACCAACGUCGGCUCGUCGCAGGCCAGUGUGACACUAGUUGGUCAUGAAGCGGCGGUUUGGGCGGUGGCACGGCUAUCCUCUGGAAAGUAUGUGACGGGAUCAGCCGAUAAAUCGAUCUUUGUCUGGAAUGAGACAGGAGAGAGAUUGGUGGUAUUGAAAGGUCACAAGGACUGUGUUCGUGGGUUGUUGGCUUUACCAGGGAAUGGAUUUCUCAGUUGUGCAAACGAUGCCGUUAUUCGGCAUUGGAACGAUUCGUACGAGUGCGUCAAAGAGUUCCAUGGCCAUACUAACUACAUCUACAGCAUCUCGCGAAGUGACUUUUGGGGUGAUGAUGUGUUCAUCACUAGUGGCGAAGAUGGUACCAUUCGAAUGUGGAGCUUGAAACUUGGUCCGUUGGGGAAUGAGUUGCAAUUGCCGGCUCAAUCUGUAUGGUCCGUCGCAGCGCUCCGGAAUGGAGAUAUUGUAGCUGGCUCGAGCGAUGCCAUGGUGAGAGUUUUUACCACCUGUGAAGAUCGGGCAGCUCCCCAGGAUAUGCAGGAGGCGUUUAAACUAGCAGUGGAAGUAAAAAUUAACGAGUCCACUAAGCAGCUCGGCGGCAUGAAAGUUAAUGACCUUCCUGGGCCGGAAUCGUUGCUUUCGGAAGGUCGAGAUGGGCAAACCAGAAUUGUACGUCAUGCGGAUGGUAAAAUAAUGUGCUAUCAAUGGAGUAACAAUAAAUGGGAGUUAGUUGGUGAUGUGAUGGGAGCUACCGGAGGAGAUACUGGAAAGCAGUUAUAUGAAGGUCGUGAAUACGAUUUCGUUUUUUCGGUUAAUCUUUCCGACGAAGCGCCAAAUUUAAAGCUACCGUACAAUCGUGGUGAAGAUCCCUGGUUUGUUGCUCAACGAUUCAUUCACAAACACAGUCUACCGCAGGCUUAUUUGGAGCAGGUAGCCAAUUUUAUCAUACAAAAUUCAAGCAAUGUCCCGGUUCAACCCACGGCUGCUUCAAAAACAUAUGAUCCUUUUACUGGUGGUUCCCGGUAUGUACCGGGGAUGGAAUCCAGUCAUCGACCAACCGCUGCCAAUACAGAUCCACUCACGGGUGGAUCAAGCUACACAACCCAAACGCCCAAUGUCGGUUUUGCUCGAAAUGGAAGUGGACCCGGCAGCAGUGGUAACGCCGAUCCUUUCACGGGUGGUUCUAGUUAUACGACUGGGGUGACAGAAUCCAAGAAGGUCAACGUACAUUUUCCUCAUGGGCACUUUGUGACGAUAGAAAAUGCCGAUUUGGCGAAAGUGCUAGUGAAGUUGAAGGAGCUCAACAGCAAAAUCGAAAACAAAAGUCUUCAGAUGUCCGACGACACCCUGGAUGAUAUCGUCCGCUACGUGAGUCAGGUAACCACAGUUUCUGAGCAGAAUUCUGCUUGCCUUACUGCCCUCAAAUAUCUGUACACAUGGCCGACCGAAAGCAUUUUUCCCGUGUUGGACAUAACCCGGUUAGUUGUACGCGAUCCUCAGGCCUGUCAGGAACUAUUUGAAGGAGAAUUCAUGAAUAGUUUGCUGCAACACAUUAACCACAUACCAGCCAACCAGAUGAUGGGAGCUCGCUGCUUCGUCAACAUGAUUUCGCACUCCACCGGGCGCAACAUCGUACUGGAACAAAUUCGUCCGAUCGUGGAAAAACUGUCUCCUAUUAAGACUGGUAGCGCUAAUUUACAGAUCGCCCUUGCUAGCUUUUACCUGAAUCUAUCGAUGACACAACUGGACAAGCCGUCACUCGACUUUUGCAAAGUGUUCUCCGAGGCGGUAGCAGAAUUUCUCGAUUGGGUAAACGAUUAUGAAGCAAUCUACCGAGGUUAUCAGGCCCUCGGGAACUUGCUGUCAACUCAGCCGGGAACACUUGUGGCUAAUCAGCUGAGAGCUAACAAUGGACUGAUCGAUAAAAUCCUGGUAAGCAUUAGUGCCGAGGUAAGCGGAUACGCAAAGCUGAACGAGUGUGCUAGCUACCUCUACGAACUGUUGGCUUAAAAAGCGUGAAACUCUGAAUAGAUCAGACUCAAUUGUAUGCAAACACGACUUAUUUUGCUUCUGAAAAUAAAACUACUUGAAAUUGG